GACAGGCAGCUCCAAUCAUCUGACAGUGAGAAACCGGGGAAACAACUCAGGUGUUGGGCUCUUGGUCGGGACAAUGAGAGGCUGGCUCCAAAGGGUGCUGAUCUUGGCCAUUGUGUGCCUUUGUGUGCUACUGCUCGCAGACCUGCUGAGCAUUGGCAAAUUCACUCUGUCCCAGAGCAAGAAAGGCAUCCACAAACUCCAACAGACCAGCUCCAGAAAAACAAAUGUGACAGAGCCCUCCUACAUCGGAGACACAUAUGCCAGCGAUGAGGAGGUUUCACAAACGAGCUGCUCAGACGGGAUCCGGGCGAGGGUCUCCCAGACAAAAUUCAAGAUGGCCUUUCUGCAGGACAUCCCAGUGCUUGAGUGGAUUAAACACGUUUCCAAAGCGGAGCACAUGCGCCUUCAACAAUAUCCGGGGGCUCAUGGGUGGCGUGGCGUCAGUUUCCUGGACCUGGUGGACACUCUCUCUGCCCUCAACACGUCAGCCAAUCGUGUUAUGUUUGAUGACUGGGAUCGGCGGUCCGAAAAAUCGAGUUGCAUCCGCUGUGCAGUCAUUGGCAAUGGUGGGAUCCUUAAUGGAUCCAUGAAGGGCAAGGAGAUCGACCAACACCACUACGUCUUCAGGGUGAACGGUGCAGUGAUCAAAGGCUUCGAGAAGGAUGUAGGGUCACGCACCUCCUUCUACACCUUCUCCACCAACACCAUGCGGAACUCCAUGGGGAACUACCGCCGACUUGGUUUCCGGGGGCCCCCCAAAUCUGAGGAGACCAGGUACAUUUUCAUACCUGACCAGAGCCGUGACUACGUUCUUCUGCGAUCCGUCGCCUCCCAGACCAAUUUGGGGUCGGAGAAGAGUCAACCCACAUACUUUGGAAAAAAUGCAACGGCAAUGAAAUUCAAAAUUUAUCACCCAGACUUCAUCCGGUACAUUCGAAACAGGUUCCUGCGCUCGAACAUUCUGAAAGGCCGAUUUCGAGACUGGUACAGGCCAACGACGGGAGCGGUGAUGCUGAUGGCUGCCAUGCACACGUGUGACCAGGUGGAUGCGUACGGAUUCAUCACCCCCGACUAUAAGAAAUACUCCGACCACUACUACGACAAGAGCUACAAAAAGGUGGUUUUCUACGUCAACCACGACAUGCGCAUGGAGCUGAAGCUUUGGCAGCAGCUGCACGAAGCUGGCCUCAUAAACCUCUACAUGCGGAAUUGAGCGGCUCUGGUGCCUGUUACCAUGGGAACCGUCAUGCCCCGCCCCCACACACAGGCACCGCUGCACUCUAACUGUCCAAUGGCCUGUUCUAGACAGAACUGUUCUCACACAAAUCUGGCUUGACUGGUUUUGCAAACCUUAGAAGCAUAGCCUGACUUUGGGAGCCCUGUCUCGUCUAGUCUGUGCAUGACGGUCCCCACGGACAUGAGAAAGGCCACAUUUUAAGGCCACGGAAGUUAUGAACAUUUGGAAAGCUACCACCCUAGCACAUACCACCCGGCAGUUUAUAGGACGUGAGCCUCCUUCGUGACUUGUGUUCCACAGCGACCACCAUUUUCUGACAGGGGAAUGCCGGCUGUACAAUUGUUGCUUCUCAUUCACCCAUUCAUACACUCACUCACACACCAACGGUGAUAGACUGCCAUGGGUUACAAGCACGGGUUGCAAGCUAGUGCUGCAGGUGCUGUAAUCAUGUGCAAAAUGUUUAUACCAUCAGUCAUCACGGCAAAAAAUGUAGCUAAACAAGUUUUCACUUUUUUUAAAUAAAAGCCACGUUUCAAUUUCAGGUUCCUUAAACAACCUUUCAGGUGUUAUUUACCUUUCAUUGUCAUUAUUUGAUUCAGUAAAUACAAAUAUAUAUAUAUAAAUAUAUAUGUGUAAUUAUUUCUAGACACACUGUUAAAUGCUUGUAAUGUAAAACAAUGUUAUGUUUAUUGGGGCAAAAGGAUUCUACUGGAUCUCCACCCUAUGUGUGUUCAUAUCUGUCUGUUCCUAUAACCAGCACCGUUGUUGAUUGUUGUCUGCUGGUUGUUAUUGUUCUGUCUUCACUGUCAUUAUUAUUAUUUUAUUUUUAUUAUUUUUAAAUUAUUUUUAACACUACUGUUGUUAUUAUAUUUUUAUUUUAAUACAACAAUGCUUUAGCAACACUGUAAAUGGAAUGGUCAUGCCAAUAAAGCCACUUGAAUUGAAA